CCCUGUCCCAGCUCCAUGCCGUCCCCUCGGGUCCUGUCGCUGUCCCCAGAGAGCAGAGCUCAGCGCCUGCCCCUCCGCUCCCCUCGUGAGGGAGCUGCAGGCCGCCAUGAGGCCUCCCCUCAGCCUGCCCUGCCCUGUAGCGAGCACCCCGAUCCCCCUCAGCCUCCCGGUUCCCCCCCAGCCUUGGCCGCCAUUUUGGGCGGGUUGGGCCGGGCCGAGCGCUGCGUUGCGUUGCGGGGCGGUUCCGCUGGGCGCUGCCCGCGGUGCGGCGGGGCCGCGGCGGCGAUGGGCGGCGCGGAGCGGCCGCAGCCUGCCCGUGCCCGUGCCCAUGGCCGUGCCCAUGUCCGCUUCGCCCCCGGGACGAGCUCGGCAGCGGGCCCGGAGCUCGCUGAGGUGCCGGCAGCCGGCGGCCGGGAGGGAGCGGCGCUGCGGUGGUGCAUCUCCGGGGCGCUGUGCGCCGCCUUCCUGGGGCUGGGGAUGAGCAUCGCCGUGCUGGGGCCCACCUUCCAGAACCUGGCCCAGAACGUGCGCAGGAACGUGUCCGACAUCUACUUCGUCUUCGUGGGCCGCUCCCUCGGCUACCUGGGCGGCUCGGUGCUGGGCGGGCUGCUCUUCGACUGCCUCAACGCGCACCUGCUGCUGGCACUAUCCAUGCUUGGAACGACGGUCGGCCUUUAUGGCAUACCCUGGUGUAAGAAAUCCCUGCUGCUGACCGUCCUGAUGUCAGUCAUUGGAGCUUCCAUGGGAGUCCUAGACACAGGUGGCAACGUGCUAGCGCUGAACACCUGGGGGCCGGAGGCCGGGCCGCACAUGCAGGCUUUGCACUUCAGCUUCGCCAUCGGCGCGUUCGUGGCUCCCAUCCUGGCUAAGAUGGCACUGGGCAGCUCGGAGCCUCGCGACCUGCCCGUGGGGGAGAAGGGAAACCAGUCUGCCCCGAGACCCGUGCCCACGGCCUCGGCCCCGCUGGCACUGCGGCACCGCCUGGGGGCCGAGUUCCUGUGGUCCUACGUUGUCAUCGGGACCUACCUCCUCGUGGUGUCCUUCUUCUUUUUUAUCUUGUAUUCCAAGAGCAGCUCAGCUCGAGACAAAUCAAAGGCCGCCGUGCAGAAGCACAGGGUCGCCAAGCACCACUACGCCCUUAUCGUGCUCCUCUUCCUCUUCUUCUUCUGCUACGUGGGGGCGGAGGUGACGUACGGCUCCUACAUAUUUACCUACGCCAAGGUCUUUGCCGAGAUGAACGAAAACGAAGCGGCCGCCCUCAAUUCUGUCUUCUGGGGCACGUUUGCUGCGUGCCGGGGGGUGGCGAUCUUCUGUGCUGCGUGCCUCUACCCUGGCACCAUGAUCCUGCUGAGUCUCCUCGGCUCCGCCGCCGCCUCCUCGUGCUUGGCCUUCCUGGCGCGGCACGCGGCUUCCCUCUGGGCCGGGACGGCGGUGUACGGCGCCUCCAUGGCCACCAUCUUCCCCAGCGGCAUCUCCUGGCUCGAGCAGUACACGGUCAUCCAGGGCAAGGCGGCCUCCCUCUUCGUGGUGGGGGCCGCCCUGGGGGAGAUGUGCAUCCCCGCGGCGGUGGGGUACCUGCAGGGCCGCUUCAGCCACGUCCCCGUGGUCAUGUACACGGCCCUGGCCACCUCCGCCGUGACGGUGCUGCUGUUCCCCGUCAUGUACGGGCUGGCCAAAGCCUCCGGGGAGGGCGAGACCAAAGCGGUGAGCGAGAGCGAGGACCGGAAAGCUCUGCUGUCCAAUUCGGGGCUCAACGAGGACGAAGAGGAUGAGGAGGACGCGGGGGAGUGGAACGAAGCGGACUUCGAGGUGAUCGAAAUGAACGAUACGCUGAGAAACUCUGUGGUAGACACCUCCCGUAAGGGCCCGGGGGACUCGCCGGCCAAAAUCUCCCUCCAGCCACACCCAGACGAUGCUUCGGGCGAUGCUCCAGCUGGCGGCUCCCCUGGGAGAAAAACCACGAAUGCUGACCGGGAGAAGAACGAUUAAAGUAAAAACCGUGUUUUUUUUUUUUUCUUUUUUUUCCUUUUGAAAUGGAAAUGCAACUGAGCUGUAGCUGUUCCUGUAGAGUGGCUCGAGGAUCUCCUCAUCGUGGUGCCGAGCUGAGUGUUUCAUCCCCGUGUUUGUCCGCUCCUUUCUCCUCCUCCAGUUUCGGCCCGCAGCGAGGCGUCUCGGAGCGCAGAAGUCCACGAGGAUGUGAAUGUGGUGACGUGAUAAAAUUUGUAGGCUAUGCCGAAAAUGUUAAAACACACGAGAUGUUUUCUCAAUGUCAGGCACGCGUGGAAGUAAUUUAUGCUGUAAAAUGAGCUGGCUGGGAAGGAGCUGCUCGGACCACACAGCUUUUUGGAGGUAGGCGCAGGGUGCAGUUCCGAGCUGCUUGGUCACAAAAUGUUCCCAUCGGAAAGGAGAGAGAUCUGCCAUCUGUGGUGCUGAACUUCUUACCUGGUGAAACAGGAUUAUGUUUCUACUGCAUUGAAAUUUGCGUGCAACAAGCCAGGGAGUCGAGUUAAAUUUCAGGUUAUGCCUGGCAGCUGUAGAGGCGUUGUCCUGCUGGCAAAUUACAUGAUUGUCUGGUUCUGCCACUGAGAUGAGAAAAAAAAUCCAGAUUAAUUUUUAGGAACUGUGACUUUGGGUCAUUUAAAAGUGUCGUGUGGGAAGGGGGGACAAAAUGGGUCAUAUUGAUCAGUGUAAGGCUUGGCUCUGAUUUAAAUGCUUUGAGUUAAAUGAUGUCGGCAAAUCGAAGCUGAAAGUACUUGUGAUUGGUGUUAUGAUUUUAAUUACUGCACUACCCCUGAAAUCAAGUUUAUGAAGAAGAUAAAUGCUGUGUUAGAUGUAAUAUUAAUAUAUGGAUGGGAUUGACAUAGGGCCGUGAGAUUUUAAGCCAGUUGCUUACUUUGAAGUUGUAACAACUUUUCUGGCUCCCUGUGCCAAGAUUUUUACAUAGCAAUAUGUAAAAAAAAAAAAAAAAAAAAGAAAGGAGUGCAAAUUUGAAAGUGAGGUGGAAUUAUUGGUGAGACAAUCCCUUUGGGCUGUGCUGUGCCACCGCCUGCCCCAGACCAGGUGGGUCGGUGCCACUCGCCCUUUGUUUCUGUGGGUAGGGACUUGCAGGUAGAUUUUUCCUGGAGAAGCAGUUUGGGUUUGUGGAUUCGUUGCUGUGAGGGAGGAAGCCCUCAGGAGGAAUUGUGUGGGCAGGCACUGUAAGAACAGAAGCACAGCAGCUGAGGGCAAAAUCUGAAACAGCGCUCUUGCGAUUUAUCUACUUGAAAACCAGAAUUUGUAAGUUAGUGUUUUUUAAAGCUGUAUGAUCAGAAUGUUUUUUGAAAAAAUUGCACUUUUCUUAGCAUUUUUUUGCUAAGAACUUUGAUUUCCUAACACAAGAAAGAGCUCUAAAUGUACAAUAGCACAGGAUCUUAGAUGUUCCGUGUAUUUUCAGGUCUGUUUUGUUCCUUCUCUUGUCCUUUGAGUGUUUGACCUGGAACCUAAUGGCUUUGUCCUUUCUUCUAAGAAGUUGAUAAGAAGCAGAAAUCUAUGUGUAGUGAAAACUUUUUUUUUUUUUUUAAAUCCUGAGAUGUUAAAGGGCCUCCCUGUCCUGCUGCCAUAGGCAUUUGAAUUCUGUUGCAUAUUUGCCGGAUUCCUCUUUCCUUUUCCUUGUGCGCAUACUUCUGCGGCAUCUUUUCCAGUGCAAUGCAUGAACUUGCACUUUUAAAUGCUGAUUCGUUUCACUUGCUAUGCAAGGGUUUUCUUUGCUGCUUGGAGGUUUUCUAAAUGCUUUUAAUUAUAAGCCCAAAUCCUGUUCUUGCUACAGGUGCCAGUGUUUGAUCAGCAGAAGUCAGUCUGCAUGGCCUUACUCAGUCAGUAAGUCUCUUGUAAUAAUAAUAACUGGCGUGGCAGGGAGAGUGAUUCACACGAGUGCAGAUUAAGAUGAGAUUUCUCGAAGUUUGCUUUCUUUUUCCCUCCUGCACUCUGCAAUAAGUGCUUCGUAUUUGGAGCCCUGGGAGUGUGAUCUGAUGGUAUGGCCCAAUCCUGCUGGUGAGCAGAGAGAGAGGAAAUAGCGACUGCUUCCACUCUGCUUUUGGGGGAUUUCCUUCCGCCCCCACGGAGGUCACAGGUUAUCCUUUGGGUUCAGAACAGGGCACCCAGCAAUGGCUACAGAAAUGGUGUGUGGCAGUGCUCCGCUGUAGUAGCCCUCCAUCUGCUGUAGCUGAAUUGAUGUGGAGUCCUAACUAUGUUUGCAAAAUUAAUACAAGACCCCAUGAAUGUCCUAGCUGGAAAAUCUACCAGAAUACUAAACCUUUGGCUGUCUUUCUGUCUGAAUUAGAAGUAACUGUAAUUAGCAGUUUAAAAAUGGAGCAAUGGGGACUUCUGGUGGUGGGAAUCUUUAGUGACUUUACAGAAGUCUCCACAUACCUGAGAUCAUGUCUUCAGAAAAAGACAAACAAACAAACAAACAAAACCCUAGUUUAAGAAACCUACCUGAAACCAGGAAGAUUGUUGAAUAAUGCCCAAUUUAUACAGAAUGUUUUUGAAUGCAAUUUCAAACUGGAAUGUCCUGCAGGUAAGAUUAUUCUCAGGGAUAGUUAACAAAUGUUGAAUAAUCAAGUGGUAGAAAACAGAAAAUGCAGUUAAAGCCCCCCCAUUGAGAAAUAUAUAAUCUGUGUGUAUACAGGCUACAUACUAUAUAUAUAUAGAUGUAUGUUGUACAUAUAUAUUACAACAAAUGUAAAAAUACUGUUCCAAAAAAGAGUUCCUGGCUGAUAACGCCCACCUAAAGCACUUGAAGUCACACAGUAAGCAUCACUGCUGUUCCCCUUACGAAUUCUGAGUGCAGAGCAGAAGGCACAGAGCAGCAGCCUGGAGCACUGAGGUCAGUGAAUCUUUUACAAAAAGCAAACGGCAAAACCCAGCAGCAGGCUGGCACAGGGGCACUUACCUCGGGGUCUUGAGCAGCAUCGCAUUGGACAGAGACCCAGGAGCCUUUGUCUGGACUACUUCUAAAUUGUGAGGUGUCUUUGCCAGGAUUUGGAGCUCUCAGUGUCUUAAUGCUGGCCUCAGGCGUGAAAUGGCACACACCUGCAGAACGCGCUCUCCUUACUCCCUAAAUGCAAGGCUUUGAGUGGCGGGGCUGUCCGUCAAUGAAAAUGAAAUGUUUAACCCAAUUUGAGAUUAAAGCAGCUCUAAGGCGUUUUCAGUGAUGAGGCCGGCUCGUAGCAGGUCUCCAGACUUGAUGGUCAAGGCUGCAGCUUUCUUGCUAGUUAAUUGGAUUUUUGGUGCUCCUCAAGACUUGUUUUAGAAAAUGAAUAUUGGUUUUCAUAUGUUUGACUUUCCAACAUUAAUUACUUCUUGGCAUACGUAGUCUUACAGUUCAAGUGAGGAGCUCUUUACAGUGCCUUUUAAGUUAAGGGUAAAAUAAGUGUUUAAGCUUUGUGGAGGACCUUCUAAGUGUUAUGGGCUGAAAUUAAUACAGUUACCUGUAUGGCCUUCCUCUUGCCUUGUUUGUGCUAGAAACUCAUCCUAGUGCAGGGGACGAGAGCUGGUCAGUGGGUUAGGUAUCCCAACUUAAUAUUUGUAUUUUUGUCAAUAAAAACAGGAAUGGGUUGAAGAUGGUCAUGUGCCUGUUUUCCUCCAGUGUUAAAGGUAAAGUCUUAGAGUUAAAUGUCACGAAAUGUUUUUAUUUAUCCCUGACUCACGCCAGAUGCUGGACUGUACUGCAGGCACUAAGGCCUCGGUCCUGGCAUUUGCACUUUUACUCAGUAAACGACCAUACAGUGCUAGAAUGCAAGAGCAGGCAAAAUUUUGUGCCUUCAUGGUUUUUUUUUUUUUGGAUUACUUUGCAUAAAAGCUCCUAGCAACCUGCGUAUGUUCUGUUCUAUAUGAGAAGGUUUUAUUCUGCUUGUGGGUUUACAUUGUACUGUACUGUGUGAACUUUAAUGGACUGACUCGUAUCUUGAAUGUAAUAAAUUCGUAACUGGAGGAGGCACUCAGGUUCCUUUUAUGUAAAUAAAGUUUUGUUCUAUUUUUAAAAGCUA